AUGGUCCGCGAACGCCUUUCCGCUUACCUGGAGGCUAGGGGGACCUUUGCCGACACGAUGUUUGGCUUUCGCCCGCAUCUGUCGGCACAGGACGUCCUGCUCCAGCUCCACCACGAUAUCAUAGAGCCGACUACCAUGUGCCACAAUGACAAAGCCGUACUAGCUCUCGAUCUUCGAGGCGCGUUCGACAAUGUCAAACAUAGUAGCAUUCUUGCCAAUCUUUCCACUACAGAUUGCGGACAGAAGACCUUCGAAUACAUUCGCGCCUUUCUUUCCGAUCGUGUGGUCUUCCUCCGCAUCGACACUGCUGAACACGGCCCGUUCCCACUAGGCACACGGGGUACGCCUCAAGGAGCGGUCUUGUCACCCCUCCUGUUUAACUUGGCCAUGAUGAACCUCCCUUCUCUUUUGCACGAGGUCGAGGGGGUACACCAUGCGCUCUAUGCCGAUGAUAUAACAAUUUGGACCAACAUCGGCUCUCCGGCUCAAAUCGAGGAACGCCUACAACAGGCUGCCCUUCUGGUGGACACUUACGCCGCCUCUUGCGGCCUGGAGUGUUCCCCAACAAAAUCGGCUCUUCUCUCGGUUUCCCGCCUACCAUCACCCCAGAUAUUCCUCCCUUCCGGACCUGUUCCAGUAGUCCAAGACCUUCGGAUUCUCGGGCUGUACCUCUCGUCCUCACUGGACCCUCAGGGCACCAUAUCCUCUCUCCGACGCACCAGCGAACAAGUGAGUCGUAUGAUCCGGCGGGUCUCUACCAAGCGUGGCGGCCUCCGAGGGAGCCAGUCCCUCCGGUUGGCCCAAGCGUUUGUGACAAGUCGGGUCCUCUAUGCCCCACCCUACCUUCGCCUGCGUCGUCACCACGAACACCAACUAGAUACUCUUCUCCGCUCCGUGUAUAAGCGCGCGCUGGACCUUCCCAUUGCCACUUCCAAUAGCCGCUUUGCGGCCUUGGGGGUGCACAACUCCUUCGCGGAGCUGCGGGAAGCCCACCGCGUCAACCAACUUAAUCGUCUUUCGCAGACGCCUUGCGGGCGCCGCCUGCUACACAGACUUGGCCUCAACACAAUCUCCGACCCGGUACCUCCAUCCCCAGUACCGGAAAUGUGGCGCCAGAAGUUAUGGGUGGAGCCACUCCCCCGCAACAUGGACCCCGAACAACACUCCGGUCGAAGGCACGCGCGCACUGCUGCCCUUGAGGCGCGUCACUCCGAUCGCCCCGGCGUAUUUUAUGUAGACAUUUCGGGCCCUUCCCCCUCGGGUCACUACACGGCCGCUGUGAUCACAGAAGGUCACCACGUCGACGGCCUCCUCUCAUUUAGAGCCGAUAGUGCAACUCAUGCAGAGGAGGUUGCCAUCGCUUUGGCCGCCUCCCACCCCGCCACUCACACUAUCUUGACAGACUCGCGCUCAGCCUGUUCCCGAUAUAUCCAGGGUUCCAUCACCCCAUUGGCUGCUCGUCUCCUUCAAGCCGCCUCCUGGCGCUUUAGCCCUCACUCCGUAAGAAUAGUCUGGACUCCAGGCCACACAGGACUUCCCGGCAACGAGGCGGCGAAUGCCGCUGCCCGCGCUUCUCUCUUCCGGGCCGCUGCCCUUCCAUGUCCUGAGUCGGAUCCUGGAAACUCGAGACUCACACGCUACCGUGACAUUCUGGAUUAUUAUCGCACUUCGCGUCGACUUUACCCUGGCCCUGCUCGCGGUCUGGCGAAAGCAGACGAACGAAUACUACGCCGGCCUUCAGACUAA